GACUAAAACCAGACAAGACACAGUGGGAGGCCAUCUCUGGUUUUAUCAAAGCUGUAUUGUAUGCAAAUACGUCCUUUAGUAAUGAAAUCAAUUGUUAACGACAAUUACUAAUCAAGCUACUAAACCAACAGCAAAACCAUUUAACAGGACUUUUCAAGAUUCCGCUUCCCACGCAACCAAUGACUCUUCUUGCUUACUACUACUUCUACUAGCACCGCAACCAUUUUCAAUGUCCCUUUUCAUCUUCCCUUUACCAAUUUGCCCAUAGUUUUUAUUAUUCAAACCCCCUUUACUCUUCUCUUCAUCAUCAGUUCUUUACUCCAGAAAACCCAUCUUUAAAAACCCUAUAUUCUGCACCUCAACAGCCAUUCAAAACCCCAAAAGAAAAAAAGAAAUUUACUCUUUUAGUUAAUAUCUCCAUCCCCAUUUACUAAACUUUCUUAUCUUUUUUGACAUUCACAUUGGUUUUUCAUGGAUGCUGCUAAUCAAGUAGGCUCAAUUUCACAUCCCAGCUCAAUAUCACCUCCUGUUAGAGGCAAUGCUUGCAGUGGCACUUUGGGUGGCCAUUUAGCUCGAAGGCUAGUGGAAAUAGGCGUGAAGGAUGUUUUCUCAGUGCCCGGAGACUUCAACUUGACUCUUUUGGAUCAUUUAAUAGCAGAGCCAGAAUUGAACCUGAUUGGCUGCUGUAACGAGCUGAAUGCUGGAUAUGCUGCUGAUGGGUAUGCGCGAUCCAGGGGUGUCGGGGCUUGUGUGGUGACUUUCACUGUUGGUGGUUUAAGUGUUAUUAAUGCUAUUGCUGGUGCUUACAGUGAGAACUUACCUGUGAUUUGUAUUGUUGGUGGGCCUAAUUCUAAUGAUUAUGGAACUAACCGGAUUUUGCAUCAUACUAUUGGGUUGCCUGACUUUAGCCAGGAGCUUAGGUGCUUCCAGCCAGUCACUUGUAUUCAAGCUGUUGUGAACAACUUGAAUGAUGCACAUGAGCAGAUUGACACUGCAAUUUCUACUGCUUUGAAGGAAAACAAACCUGCUUAUAUUAGCAUAAGUUGUAAUUUGCCUGGUAUUCCUCAUCCAACUUUUGGUAGGGAACCUGUGCCUUUCUUUCUGGCUCCUAGUGUGAGCAAUCAAUUAGGAUUAGAGGCAGCUGUUGAAGCAACUGCUGAAUUUUUGAACAAAGCUGUGAAACCUGUAAUUGUUGGAGGACCUAAAUUAAGGGCGGUGAAGGCACAGAAGGCCUUUCUAGAGCUUGCAGACGCCAGUGGGUAUCCAGUAGCAGUUAUGCCCUCAGGUAAAGGGCUAGUGCCAGAGCAUCAUCCACACUUUAUUGGUACGUACUGGGGUGCUGUCAGCACCAGCUUUUGCGGGGAGAUAGUGGAAUCAGCUGAUGCCUACAUUUUUGUUGGCCCUAUCUUCAAUGAUUAUAGUUCUGUUGGAUAUUCCUUGCUGAUCAAGAAGGAGAAAUUGAUCACAGUGCAACCUAAUCGCGUGACUAUUGGCAAUGGUCCUUCCUUCGGCUGGGUAUUUAUGGCUGAUUUCUUAAGUGCAUUGUCCAAGAAAUUGAAGAGGAACAGCACAGCAAUGGAAAAUUACCGUCGAAUAUUUGUCCCUUCAGGUGUCCCGCUGAAGAGUGAGAAAGAUGAACCUCUUAGGGUCAAUGUACUCUUUAAGCACAUUCAGGCGAUUCUAAGUGGGGAGACUGCAGUAAUUGCUGAAACUGGAGACUCAUGGUUCAACUGUCAGAAACUCCACCUCCCUGAGAAUUGUGGGUAUGAAUUCCAGAUGCAAUAUGGAUCUAUUGGCUGGUCAGUUGGGGCCACUCUUGGAUAUGCUCAGGCUGCCAGAAAUAAGCGUGUGAUCGCUUGCAUUGGUGAUGGGAGUUUCCAGGUAACAGCUCAGGAUAUUUCAACAAUGAUUCGUUCUGGACAAAGGAGUAUAAUUUUCCUAAUCAACAAUGGGGGUUAUACAAUUGAAGUAGAGAUUCACGAUGGACCCUACAAUGUGAUCAAGAACUGGAAUUACACUGGCCUGGUCAAUGCAAUCCACAAUGGUGAAGGCAAAUGCUGGACAGCAAAGGUUCAUACAGAGGAGGAACUGACAGAAGCAAUUGCGACAGCAAUGGGAGAACAAAAGGAUUCGCUAUGUUUCAUUGAAGUUUUGGUACAUAAGGAUGAUACUAGCAAAGAGCUGCUGGAAUGGGGAUCCAGAGUUUCUUCCGCUAACGGUCGUCCUCCAAAUCCACAAUAAUGCUUUGAUGUUUGGACAUUCAUAAAUAAACAGAUUAGAAAUGCAAGUAACCUGAGCCCUGGCUCCAUAAUCCAAAUUAGAACUCGAAAUAAAGAUAGGAUUGCUUGUUUUGUACGAGAUUCUUCCAGUGGUUGCUCUUUAUGUACACUGUAUAAAGCCAAGCCCCUUGAAUAAGAUUUUAUGUUGUACAAUAAGACUUUAUGUGAUCAGGAAUAAUGAGUUGUCUUCUCAAAAGGAAAAUCUGUCGUGAUGCCUGGCUUCUGUAA